CUCUGCUUUCGAAAAAACUUUAUUUACACUCAAUCUCAAGAACAACCCGUCAUUUCAAAACAAACGAUAUUUAUAAACUCGGUACAAAAGCUGCAUUAUGCAUGGAAACUAAACAUCAUCCACUUACUACAAGGGAUUGAGGAAACAGCUAUAGUAGCUUCUUUAGGAAUAUCACAGAUCCUGAGUGGCCAAUGGCAUCAGAGGAGAUGGAAGGUUUGUGCCCAUUACCAGAGGUGGCGGGCAUCAAGGUAGAGCCGUCAGUCAGCAUUGGCUCAGCAGAGGAUAGCAACUCACAGAACGCCAUGGGCAUUAAAUUCAUAUUACCCAAUCGGUUUGACAUGAACGUGUGUUCGCGCUUUGUCAAGUCACUGAAUGAAGAAGAUAGUAAAAAUAUCCAGGACCAGGUGAACUCGGAUCUGGAGGUGGCCUCUGUGCUAUUUAAAGCGGAGUGUAAUAUUCAAACAUCUCCCUCACCUGGUAUUCAGGUUCGGCAUGUGUACACGCCUUCAACCACUAAACACUUCUCUCCGAUAAAGCAGUCCACCACGCUCACCAACAAACACCGUGGAAAUGAGGUCUCAUCCACGCCGUUGCUCGUUCACUCACUGUCUAUACAUCAGUUGGCAGCACAAGGAGAGAUGGUGUUCUUAGCCAGUCGAAUAGAACAAGAGUCUGUAAUAAACCUGCAGGAUGAGGAAGGAUUUACCCCGCUGAUGUGGGCAGCAGCUCAUGGACAGAUUGCUGUGGUGGAGUUCCUGUUACAGAGCGGUGCAGAUCCACAUCUCUUGGCCAAGGGAAGAGAGAGUGCACUGUCACUGGCCUGCAGUAAAGGGUACACAGAUAUUGUCAGAAUGCUUAUCGACUGUGGAGUUGACGUCAAUGAGUAUGAUUGGAAUGGUGGAGCUCCGUUACUCUAUGCAGUGCAUGGUAAUCAUGUUCGCUGUGUGGAAAUCCUCUUAGAGAGUGGAGCUGACCCAACCAUGGAGUCUGACUCUGGGUUCAAUGCUAUGGACAUGGCUGUGGCGAUGGGACACCGAAAUGAUUCGUUUACAAACAAUGCACAAUUUGACGCAGGAUUUUCAAACAGUGUCAACUAUACUGGAUCCAACAGUAAUGUUGUGCCACACAAGUUCCAACAGGUCUUGGAAGCUCAUCUUCUGAAGCUUCUGCAAGGUAUCAAAGAAUAACUGUAGCAACUAUAAGAAGAAUUAGAGUGAAUAUUUGAGUGUUAUGAGUGUCCAGUAUGAUGAAAUGGACAAUACUAUUUCAUGUGUUUGCAGAACAAACUUUAUAUGAAAUUGUCAUUUUUUUUAAUACACCAUUGAAGAUGCAAAUGCACAGAUCAACAAACACAUGACAAAUGACAUCAGAACUUCAGUGUUUUGAAUCUACUGAUACAAAUGUGGUUUUUAUUUAAUGUGGUGUGUGUUUUAGGUCACUGAUCUUUACCUAGUUGCAAUGUGUACUUGAAAAGAUAUUUAUUUUGCCAUUGAAUGCAAAAAUUAAGCUGUUUCAUAUUAAACUUGACUGGUAUUAUGAAUGGUUCAUAAACCUAAGUAAAUCUAAAUCUGGGCACUUUACAAUCAAUCAAGUGGAAAAGAACAUGGUGAAAACAGGCUUACAAGUAACAAUUUACAGUGAGAGAUGUCCGAGUACUAGUUCAACCAUCACACUUAUUGCCGUUGCACCAGCAAGGUUUUUUUCCAGGUUUUUAGACAUUGGAUUGCCCUCUUUUAAUGUAUGUUUUGUGCUACAACACUGUAAAUAAACCUUAAUUUAUACUGAA